UUAAAAAAUGUGAAAUGUCAAAGAUUUUGAUUCGCAGCUGAUUUUACCAAUGUUUAUUUUUUGAAAAAUGGAUGAAAAAUACAUAAAAGCUGUACUAGAAGGUUUAAAAUCGACUUCAUCUGCCAGAGUACAAGAAACUUUACUAAGAAUCAGAAGUAAAAUAAUUACAAAUGAUGCCGGUAUUAAACGUUUUCGUGAAUGCGGUGGUUUGGAAUACUUGGUACCACAUCUGCGUAAGCCAAAUGAGAAAAUUCUGGACAUUACUCUUAGCAUACUCGGUAACUGUUGUUUAGAGGAAGAAAGUAGUUUGGUGGUUGGAAAACUCCAUACUUUUGGACCUUUAAUAUCCAUUCUAAAUACAGUGUGUAGAGACAGCAUAGUAGGACGAGCGUGUCGCGUCAUCGGCAACUUGGCACAAAGAACUCAGAAUGCAGAAGCCUUGCACAACCAAGGAGUGGUCACUGCGCUCAUCACACUCAUUGAGAACAGAGAUAAGAAUACUUCUUAUGCUACAUUGACCAUGGCAGUAAGAGCUAUUAGACAAUUAUGGAUGAUACCUGAGAAACGAGAAGAAAUGCUCAACUUAAAUGCAGUGCGCUGUGUAGCAGUUUUGCUCACAAUAGAAUGUGAAUCAGCUGGUCUAAUAAAAUCAACAAAUCCUGUUAAAGAUAUUGAUGUCAUGAAAAAGAGCCAAGAAGAAUUAAUUUCUGGCAUCCUGAAAUGCAUUGGAUGCUUUACUACCCAUUCUACUGUGAUUUGCGCAGAACAGAUUCAAGGAGAUGGAAGAGGAUAUCAAUGUCUUGUGUCCUUGACAAAAUUAUUUGAAACAUUGGCUCUCAAAUGCCUGAUGAACCUUUGUUAUAUAACUGCUUGUAGACCACUAUUAGGAACAGCUGGAUUGAUUGAAUGCCUUGUUAGUAUUCUACAAAAGAUUUCAGAUGUGUCAUGGUGGCCAGAGGGCGCAGCUCGCGCUCUGUCGAAGCUGAGUGGAGAAUCCGUAAACAGAUCGCGGUUAAGACAUUGUGGCGGCUUGCCGCUGCUGAUUAUUGCAGCUCGGAGUAACCCUUGCUGUCUACACGCGCUCCUUCAAUACGUGUUCGAUGAUACAUCCUUCCAAAUUUUGCUUAAUGAGGGACUCAUUAGUUUACUAACGGAUGAAUUAACAAACUAUCUUUCGAGCAUGGAAUAUGAGCAUAAUUACACAGAACAAUCUGACACACUAAGUGAAACCAAUGAAAAAUUAAAAACAAGCCCUAAAACUGUUCUCAAGCGUGAUCAGUCGAAAGCUAAACUUUGUAAUGUUGAUGCAAAAGGUAGUUUAUUCUCUCGGCGAAAAGGACCAUUGUUGAGUAAUAACGAGGAUGAAUUGAAGGUAGUUAUUGAAAGAGACAACAUGAUCGUUGGAUUCAUCGACGCUAUUGAUAGCGACGCCACCGAAGACAGUCAGAGUGACGAUGACAACGCGCAGUUACGACGAAAGUGCCUUAAACGGGGUCGUUCUAGAAGUCCGAAAUGUCAGAAAAAGAAAUCACACCAGCUUAUUAAGAUGGUAAGCAAAGAUUGGUCUGCCGGAGUUUAUUGGGAACCAAAAAGUCCCGAAUGGCCUUCGACGUCCCAAUCACCGGGAUUUCGAUCAGCCAUAAGCCCCGACCGUGCUGACCUUGGGCCUUUGUCUCCGUACUCGGAUGGUAAUCAAUCUGGCUUCAGCCCUGAGUACAAUCGAUCACUAUCUUCUAAAAGAGCCAGAUGGGACUGGAAUCCUGAAUCCGAUGCCGAUGGAAGCUCCACAUCACCGCAUUGGACGGACUACCAAUGGAGUCCUAGUAGUUCUGCUAGUCCAAUUUCUCCGCUUAGUAUAAAUGAAGAUAGCUCGGAUUCGGAGAUUUCUGGACGCUAUUCGCCAGUAUGCAGUGAGAACGAGGGUGAAGCCGUGGACUUAGCAACGAAUAGCAACACAGUAGCAGAAUUAGAUACAGCGCAAGUCGUACACGACUUGGAUGAACUUAUUAUGGAAGACGAUGAGGGCGGGGAAGAAGAAGCACCUUUAGAAGAAGAAACAAAUAAAGCGGAAUGUAGUACGAAAUCAUCACGUAUAGCAUGCGUGCUCGUAUUACUUUUUCGUGUUUCGCACGGCGCUUGCAGUUCCUACGGAGCUUUGCGCGAAGAGCCAGUACCCAAUCAUACAUUAGAAUUGCUUACUGGAACAGAAUGUUUAAACGGGUUACUUGAUUAUGUGGAGAGAUGUAAACGGCCCUUGGGACGGGCAGCGCGAAUUCUAGCCAGGGUUUUAAGCAACGCUUUUUGUUUAAAGAGUAUUCUAAGGCACAGAUUAGCUCUAAGGUUACAUAAAAUGUCUGUUAGCUCCAAACACCCGCCCACAAAAUGUCAGCAGUGUAAGCAGAUAAUACGACUGAGUACAAAAUUACUCACGCAGUUAACAAUACUAGCUGAAUCCAGUUACGGAAUUGGUGAAAUUACCUAUCAACUGCUGAAGGGAAGUUCUUCUAUGAAACAAACUUUAUCAUUGACAUUGCCAUAUAUAGUGAGAACUGAGAAACCACUGAAGAAGUAUUUUGUAGACUGCAGUGCUUUAAAUUUACUAUUUACAAUUAUAGCAGAAUCUAGAGAAGACAUAAAAGAUUGUGUAACUGCUAUAGUAAAACUAGCAAUCAAUGUGCACAUUAAAGAUCCGAAGACUUUAGAAAAUAGAUUUAAAGACCAAGUUUGCGUCAGCUACGACCCAAUUCUGGACAACUUGUGUAAUGAUGACAUCGUCACUUUUGAGCUAGAUGAUUUAUCAACAGUUAAAGCGAACAGAGUGUUUCUCUGUCAAAAUUCAGAUGUUUUCAGUGCCAUGCUAAUGGGAUGCUUCAGGGAAUCGAUAGAAAAAUGUGUACGGUUAAAAAAUGUGUCGAAACCUGCUCUAGAGUACCUAUUUACUUUGUUACACUGUGGUCUCAAUAAUCCAAAAAAUGAUAUACAAAUAUUUCCAAUGGCUGAACAAUUAGAGACCAAUUUAGAAGUACUUUUACUUGCUGAUAGAUUCUUACUUGAAAGAUUAAAAGGAUUGCUAAGUAGUGCUAUUCUGCAAUUUCAAAUGACACCAGAAACUGCGGAUAAAAUUUAUGUGUGGUCAUUGAGUGAAGGUAUGGGUUUUCUGUGUGUGGAGUCAGCAGCUUAUUUGCUGGCCGGUAAGAUGUGCGAAUCGGAACGUACUCGAUCGUUUAAAGCCAUACUUAAUUUAAAAUAUAAGGAACAAUGGUUAGAUGAUAUUAGAUCAAUGAUCUUAAGACAGUUAGUGAAAUGAUAGCAAACUGCCAUGUUAUGUUAUAAAUAUUGUACAUUUUAUAUUCCAAUUAGACCAGGCGCCUUACUCAAGAUACUUUUCUACAAUCGUUAACGCUAAUAGAUGGAUGGGAAUGACAUGUUCUAGCGAUAGAGUAAUGGUUUCGUUAAACAGCGGAAUGGCGACGAGACGCUGCAUACGCUGCAGACGUUUUGUAAUUAAACAAAAAAUGUAACCGCCGUCGAAACCACUAAGGACCUAAAAAUAAGUUAAUAUUAACUAUACAAUGUGCUUUCAAAAUUCGCAAUUUCGUUUACUUUGAUGCUGACUUAUUUUAGUCAAAAACCAAACUACUUAACAGAUUUUGAAAAGUAUCUAUAGGACCAAUAUGGAAGUAAGUAUAUUUUUCUAUAAUAAAAAUUCUGAGGCACUUAACGAACAAUAAAAAAAACAAGUUGAAUUGAGAACUUCCUCUUUUUGAAUUCGGCUAAAAAUUUAAUAAGUACGCGAAUAAGUGUUACAUAGAGCCGUCAUGUUAGGCGCUCGACUUCUAUAGAAUGGAGCGUCAGCUGAGCUUCGCCAUCGCUGUUUGACGAAAUUAGUCUAUCACUAGGAUAUGUUAUUCCUAAACAUCCAUUAGCGUUAACGAUUAUAGUAAAGUAUCUUGUGUAAAGCAACUGCAGAGAUGAAUUUCGGCGAGCGUUUGUCAAUAAAUAAUUAAAUAUUAUGCUACUAAUAGUAAUGUAAUGAAUAUUGAAUUUUAUUUUCGUAUUAUACCUACGUAACUGUUAUUCGCCAAUGUCAAUUCGAAUAUUGGAUUUUUAUUUCGCCUCAAAUAAUGUUGUGGAUAUAUGGUCGCUAUCUGAAACCUACAAUAUUUUGAACAUGCAUUUAACCGUCUGUGUUUAAAUCGAGAGUUACCAACAGCCUAAUAUUGAACAAGAUAUAUAGAAUGAUUGCUUAUUUGAGUUAGUUUAUUGUAGAUUGUUUUAUUUUGUUUGUUCAGUUUUUAUAGAUACUAUAUUGUAAUGUGGAAAAUAUAUAAUAAACGCGAAAAUAGAUGCCAAUAUUCAUUUGUGCAUACAAAUAUCGGCAGUAAUAAGUAUAUGCGUUACAUCACUAUUGGGUAUACUCACUUAAACACCGAUUUUAUUAACAUAAAUACUAAACUAAAUUUCUAAUUUUAAAAAAUUGAAUUCUUUAACUAUCAGUGCUGUUAUUUUAUUUUAUUUCAAUAUGUCAUUAAUAACAUUAUUUCUGGUCAAUGGUCUGUACUACGUGAAGUAAGAAGAUAAAUUGGAAUCAUACAUAUUUUAUUCUCAAUUAAAUGCAUUUCUUUUUACUGUCACCAUUUAGUAAUAGUAGCUUGUUUAUUUUUAAAUACUUCGCUUAAAUACAUUCCUUUGUUUUUCUAUAUUAUUGUACAAGUUAUUGUAGCAAUUAGCAAAGGAAUUAAUUUCAGCAUUAUGAAGUUGUGUAUAUUGAAACUUGUUUAUAUUGUAUAGUAAAUGUAUUGAAAAUUAUAUUUUUACAUAUUAUGCAUUAUGAGAAAUGUAUUUCUAGGUACUUAAUAAAACACCUGCUUAAAAA